GGAGAAAAUUCCUUUCUUCCUGUCCGUUCUGUACGACGGUAUUCAUGAAUUUCUGCUGACCCACCUUCCAAAAUUUCAUUCCACCCAAUACGGUCUUCCCUAGUUUUACUCUUGCGUUCAUUCUCAUCGAAAACGAACCUCGAAGUCCGUUUCUUUCGAGUCCAAUCCAUGUGCUUUGUUCCAAAGUUCCAGACUUAACGCUCUCUCCACCUUCAAACUACUCCUCCUUGAUCUGGGUCCCUGUAGAAGCUCUUCCAUGGCGUGCCCAUCGAACUCGAUUCGCUACAACACCACUCUCUGCGCAUGCCCGCCUGGGGGCCUCUUCAAUGUCACCACCAACGCCUGCGCUCUGUUCACGGCCAACACCACCAUCUCCGUCGACAGCGGCGUGGAUUAUUACGCCAUAAGCUUCCCCGAGACCAUAUUCUCGUUCGAUUCGAUCAAGAAGUUCACGCAGUCUCAGGCCGUGUUCUUGGAGGCCACGGCUGUCCUGCUGCUAUCUUGGCUCGCGUUUUGUGUUUUCAUGAGGCUCAUGAAGGUCGGAGAUGGCAGGAAUGCGUGGUUCCAGAUUCGGUGGUGGAUUAGUCGUUUGGAUGUUUGCUUCUCCACCAGGCAUUGGCUGGAGGAUCAAAAAGUUGUUAAGAAACGGAAAACAGAGCUUGGUGGCACACUUUCCGUCGCAAGUUGGAUACUCUUUGCUGGGUUGUUUGCUGCGUUGCUCUACCAAAUUAUCUGGAAGAGAACCAUCGAGAUUCAUAAUGUAAGGGCAACAAAUGGACCUGAUCUUGCUUCCUUUAACAAUGACAUGGAGUUUAAUAUUACUACCGUUUCUAGUAUGAGCUGUUCGAACUUGCGGAGUCCAGGCACCUUAGUUAUGGGGAGUCCUGGCUUGGUAGACUAUAGGGUUGCUCCUCUGUCAAGCUUUGCAAAUUUCUCUUGUCAUAAUACCAGUGAAGGGCCAACCGUAACACUCAGGUGCAGCAAUUGUGAGCUGUCUCAAGACAGUUAUUACUUUUCAUGGCAGUUUGUUGAUCUACCUAAUAAUCCUGCAACUGCAGUUGGUUUCCGAUUCAAUCUUACCUCGAAGGCCCAUGGCAGAAAAAAACAUGUGAGCUUUGUUAGUGGUACCCUGAGGAAUGGAAGCAUGGUUGAUGAUAGGCCAGUUACCUUCAGAGGCAAUGAUACAAAUUUGCUGAGAUUUAAUUUGUUCCCAAGGAUAUACCAUAAUUUACACGAUCUCCAGCUCAUCCAACCACUAUUCCAUGAAUUUCUUCCUGGAUCAGUUUUUCAGGAUGCUUCUCAGCUCCAAGCCUCCCUGGAAAGUUCUAAUGGGAUCAUCAACACCACAUUAUAUGUCAACUUUCUGUCUGCGUAUAUCGUCGAGAUUGACAAUCAGAGUAUUAUGGGCCCUGUAAGCUUCCUUGCGGACCUAGGUGGCCUUUAUUGCAUCAGCAUUGGCAUAUUCUACUUCUUCUUGGUGCAGUGUGAAUUCCGAGUUAAGAGACUGCGCCAUGAAGAUGUUGUUCUGCGGCAAAUUAGACAUCGGCUGAAAGCUCAAGACCGCUGGGAUAAAUUGCGGAAAUAUGUGAUGUACACCUGGGGUUGCAAAGCACUGGAAGAGAAUUAUACAAACAGCAGUACUGAACCACAUUUAAGCAAUUGUAUGAUGCAUUCAGUUCGAAGGAGUGGUUCCUUUCAUACCAGCAUAUCAUCAAGGAAGCAACCUCAUAGAAAGGAGACUAUUAAUCUUAGCAAGAAACUUAGCUUACCCGGCAAAAAGAAUGCUGCCCCAGAGUUUACCCAGUUGCAGGAGGUAAGCACUCAUUUAGCGGGAGCUGGAAACCAGGAUAGAAUGUCGGAAUCAAGAUGCGACACUCCACGGAAGCACGAGCUCUGUUCCGCAGCUGAUAAGAAGCAGCAAUCUGUUGAGUUACAGGAGAAAAGUACCUCUUCAGCAUCGGUUCUUUCUCUUACUGAUGAUCGACUCAUUCCACCUUUGCCAGCACUAGAACUUAAGGCUGGUUCUGACAUGGAUAUGACUGAUGUCCAGAAAAGUAUUAUGCUUUUGUACGAGUACAAUGCCAUGUUGAGGGAAAAGUUAGUUGCCACCCAUUCUUUGCUCCGUGAUCUAGCGACAGAGCCCUCAUCUGCAAUAUCAAGAGACAAAAGAUGACAAUGUGCUCGUAUUAUAAAUCUGAUUCAAGACAUCCCCUUUGCUUGUACUCCUGAAAAAUGCAUAAGGUUGGAUAAACGACAUGUCACAGGAGGCGAUGCUGCAUUUCGAGCAAAACGGUCGAGCGAGCUCUAUUUUGCAUGAUUCAAGGCUGUCUCCUCUAUUGAGCCAGCUGGCCAUUUCCAUGAGAAUGCUGUGGGUUCUGAUCGAUUUUGUCGGCCAUCGCUGCCUGAUCUGCAGUAAAAUUGUCUUUUUUUUUUUUUUUAAUGCUUGAUGCAGCAAGUUGCUCUAUUUUGUGGCUUGAGUAGAGUCUGUGAGGGAGAGAGCUUCAUCCUGGAAUUCAAUCUUGCACUCUUAUUUGCAAAUUCAUGAGACCAAGCAGCGUGAAUUUCAUAUACUCUUUUUGAGGUUAUCAGAUAUCAAAUGUACAAAUACGUAGAAAGCCAA